AUGGGGCAGGAAGUGUCGGUGCAGCGGCAGCACUCCCGGGCUCCGUGUGUCUCCGCAGGCUGCUGGGGGGUGACGGGACCCGGCGCCGUGCGGGGCUGCGUGGGGGGGUUCCUCUCGGUGACCUGCGCGUACCGACCCGGCGAUGAGGAGAUGCCGAAGUUCUGGUGCUAUGAGGGAAGCAUUUUCACCUGCGGCGCUGACAUCGUUCUUACCUCGAAGCUGCAGCCCAUGGUGGAGCGAGGCCGGGUCACCAUCAAGGACAAUCGUUCACAACGGGUGUUCACUGUGACCAUUAAAGACCUGGUUGCGGAGGACGCGGGCGCCUACCGCUGUGGGGUGCGAACGGGCAUAUUCAAGUGGGAUAAGAGUGCUGAUGUGCAGGUGAUCGUGUCCCCAGCCCCGCGGCUCGGGCCGGAUCCAACGGUCCCGCUGGAAGCCCCUCGGACACCCGCGGCAGGGACGGACCCUCCACCGGGGAACCCCUGCCCCUUCCGCUACUUCCCGGUGCUGGCCGGGCUGCAGGUGCUGGCGCUGCUCGUCAUGAGCGGAGCCGUGCUCUGGGUCAGCCUGCGGUGGGCAUGA